AUGGCCGUCAUCGAUUCAUUUAAGGCCAACACCACUAGCGUCGAUUUCCAAUGGCCUGUUGAGGUCACUGGUCUCGAGCGUAUCAUGCUCUCUGCCCAUGGCGAUUUGCAACGACUACUCAGCGCAUUUUUUGCUCGCACCAUCACUAUCAAGACCAUCUACUCGCAUACAUCUCCUAGAACCCAUCCCGCUUCCCUCGAAGAGCCCCUCACACAAAGGCGAGAGGUUCAUCUCGUCUGCAACCGCAAGACCGUAUGUGUUGCCACUUCAACAGUCACGAUCACGACGCCACACUGCGAGCGCCUCUUCCUCGACGAGAAGUUCGCGAUCGGCCAGAUGUUCCGCAAGGUAGGCAAGGUCCCCGAGUUCGCGCUCCUCAACUGCGGCCUUGAAGAUGCCGAGGGUGACGUACAGAAGCUCUGGCGGCGCUAUAUCUUGGCGAUGGACGGCUUCGAAUGCGACAUCACGGAGGUGUUCCCUGACAGGGACAUGUUCGUUCGAGACUCGUGGAUUGAAGAGGGCAUCACCGGGGAUGUCGGUGUGGAGGAGGGCAAGCAGCGAUAUGCUGCUGCACAAACUUCCUCUCACGUCUCAGUUGGCGCAUGA